CCAGGCAUUGCAUUGGGUCUGAAAACUCUUGCCUCGUUGCUGUUUGCCUUGGUGUGUGUCCUCAUACACAGAAGUAUCAUGAAGGACUUGCAGCAAGAUAUGAAUAUUGGCGAUAUGGUGGAGUCCAUGAGCAAUAUAAAUACACUAUCACUGGACUAUGAGCAUCGUCAUCCCGAAGAGGCAGAGGCAGAGAGGCAGCGACGCUACAGCAGCAGCACGUGUUCGCAUCCAGGAAGCCCAGUUUCCAGACACAGGAGCAGUGAGCGCAAGUCACACCAUAAACAUGCAUCACACGAAUCAAACGUGCACCACGGGGAGCAGUCUGAGCAUGGUGGGUGGGAAGGUGGUUUGCAUUCAUUGCCACAAGAGGGAAGAGACUCUAACCAAAGAGAAAUCACACAAAACCAACAUAAUGAUGUUUUACAAGGUGGUGCUGGACAUCAUCCAAGACAGGACACAGAUUCUGAAGUGCCAUCAAGUGGGGAAAAGAUAAGUCACUUGCGACACAGGAAAAAGCCGAGCAAUGGGGGCAAACCGUAUGUAAAUGAGGGGUUUGUCACAGAAGAAGAAGGAGCAAAGCCAGUGCCAAAGGAUUUGACAGACAGUCUUGCUCCGCCCACGAAGCAAAAUAACUUUGAGGAAGCCUCUUUUGUGAAUGAGACAAAUUCAAGCACAAAACUUUAGUUCUUCUUUGAUAUGGAUGGCUGCUAACAAAAAUGAUAAUUGUCUGAUUAUUUAAACUUUGAAAUGUGAUCUACACUUGUUGUUAGUAUACACAGUGAGGUAUACUGUGAAAGAGGUUUUUUCAUGGUCUCCAGAUGGGAUGAUAGAAUAGAAUUAUUCAUUACUUAGAGACUUAAACAACAUCAUAAAUCAAACUUCAUUGACCUAGAGGUCCACUACCUGUGGAAUGCUGGUUUUGCGCCAGAAUUGGAUGUUAGACCCCAUUCCCACAGAUUUUAGAUUGAUCUAUCCCUGUGGGGAGUCUCACUAGAUUACUG